ACGCAUCUAGCGCUACAUUUAUGUGAUCUAUAUACAAGCCAACACUAGUACACCAUCGGCCAUCUUCUGUUUAGGAACUCGCAGUCGCGGACAUCUACGAACCGGAGAGAAAGGAGUAAACAUCAACCAUCAUGGGAGCCGUUUUGGGGUUGUGCUCCAUGGCGAGCUGGAUCCCGUGUCUUUGUGGCAGCGCCCCCUGUCUGCUGUGCCGCUGCUGCCCCAGUGGAAACAACUCGACGGUGACUCGCCUCAUUUAUGCGUUUUUCCUUCUUCUCGGAGUGGGCAUCGCUUGCAUCAUGCUGAUGCCAGGCAUGGAGGAACAUUUGAAGAAGAUUCCAGGAUUCUGUGAGGGAGGAAUGGGUUCAUCCAUUCCUGGCGUCAAGGGUCACGUGAACUGCGACGUGCUGGUUGGCUACAAGGCUGUGUACCGCGUUUGCUUCGGAAUGGCCAUGUUUUUCCUUCUCUUUUCUCUGCUCAUGAUCAAAGUCAAGAGUAGCAAAGACCCCCGAGCUGCACUACAUAAUGGGUUUUGGUUCUUCAAGUUUUUAGCUGCUGCUGGCAUCACCAUUGGAUCUUUUUUCAUCACAGAGGGUCCAUUUACGACCGUGUGGUUCUACAUCGGUAUGGCAGGCGCGUUCUGCUUCAUCCUCAUCCAGCUGGUUUUGCUCAUUGACUUUGCCCAUUCCUGGAAUGAGUCCUGGGUGGAGAAGAUGGAGGAGGGUAAUUCACGCUGCUGGUAUGCAGCCCUGCUGUCAGUCACCGCACUCAACUACAUGUUUUCUCUGGUGGCUGUGGUCCUGUUCUACGUCUAUUACACCCACUCUGAUGGAUGCACCGAGAACAAGGUCUUCAUCAGCAUCAACAUGCUGCUCUGUCUCGGUGCCUCGGUCAUUUCCGUCCUGCCUCAGAUCCAGGAGUCCCAGCCCAGGUCUGGCCUGCUGCAGUCCUCCCUGGUGACCCUGUACACUAUGUAUUUGACAUGGUCCGCAAUGACCAACGAGCCUGAUAGGAAGUGCAACCCCAGCCUCCUGGGUAUCAUUGGGCUGAACACCACCACCCCUGCAGGUCAGGACCAUGUUGUUGAGUGGUGGGACGCCCAGGGCAUUGUGGGAUUGAUCCUCUUCCUUAUGUGUGUUUUGUACUCAAGUAUUCGUAACUCAUCCAACGCUCAGGUGAACAAACUGACUCUGCGGACGGAUGAGUCCGCUCUGAUCGAAGACGGGCCUCAGCCUGAGAGCUUGGAGGAGGGCAGUGGAGCGAACCGUGCUGUGGACAAUGAGAAGGAAGGAGUCACAUAUUCCUAUUCCUUCUUCCACUUCAUGCUGUUCCUGGCUUCACUCUACAUCAUGAUGACGCUUACCAAUUGGUACAGCCCCGACUCCAAUUAUGAGGCCAUGACUAGCAAGUGGCCCUCUGUGUGGGUGAAGGUCUCCUCCAGCUGGAUUUGUAUCGCUCUCUAUGUUUGGACGCUGGUGGCUCCACUGGUCCUGGUCAACAGGGACUUUGACUGAAUCAUAAGUGCUCACACUACAUAGUAGGGGUGGAACGGUUAAAAAAAAGUGCUGUUAGUUUCUUGUCAUGCUAGUGGCAACAAGUGACACAAUUUAUUUUUCCUUUUAACAUCCAAUCAAUAAACAUUUGUAAUGUGUGCCUGCAAAUGCAGCAAUUGAACCCGACUUUAAGCUACACUUCACUGGUUCUUUAAUUUACUCUGCCACAUUGGUUAAAAAAAGCGUGUUUUUAAACCGUUCCACCCCUAAUAUGUUGCUGUUGUCAGCUUCCUGUGUUUUGUUUUUUUGCACAGCCCGUAAAGAGUAGGUGGCAGCAUUAAUAUUGGCUUCGAUGUUACCUUUUUAACCUUUCGGUGUUCCAUCACUAAUUACAGCGUAGUCCCAUGUGCUUCUCACUGUGGCGCUUCAACAAUAUCUACUGGUUCCUAUUGUAAAUACCUCACUCGUGUUUUAUUUAAACAAUUGCAUGCUUUUUCUGUAAAAGUGUUGUGACAGCUGCUUAAGAAUUUGAUUUGAGGGAUGUCACUAAAAAAAUAGCCUUGAAUAGCCUCUUCUGUCAAAGUAUAUUAAGAGAUAACCCGGAAUUUUAAAUAUAUGUGUCCCAAUACUUAAGUCCAGAUAUGUAUUUCAUUACAAACCUGUCGUCACAUCUCCAGGGCUGUCGAAAUGAUUCCAAUGCAUUCCUGUUUCUGAAUGGCUCGGUGGUUUGACUAUGUAUGAAACAAGCAUUUUGACAGAAAUUUUGGUGUUUGCUAUCGUUCUCACAUUUUGCACACGCUCCCUGUUUGGACUAUAGCCUCUGAUUUUAUCCAAAAUGAGUUUUGAAAUUGUAAGUGUAUUGCAACUGAUUUAAUAAAACAAGAAGUUGAAAAAUGAA